UGCUUCGUUAAAUAUUUGCCAGCAUCACCAAACUCAGAUGUUUUCGAAAUUGUGAGACUCAUUGUUUGGAAUUGCGACCCAACACUUUGAAGAGGAGGUGUGGGUUAACCAAAGCGCAAGAGAGAGCGCGCACAAACAGAUAGGGGACUGCGGUACGAAUAGAACUGUCUUUGGAAUCAGGUUCGAACCUUUUGAAACAUACGGGAAAACGGACAUGCAUGCAGCUGUUGAAGUAGUGGCCUUUCUUCUUGGCUUUAUUGGAUGGAUAAUGGUCGGUGUGGCUUUGCCAAAUCGAUACUGGAGGGUAUCCACUGUUGACGGAAACGUUAUUACAACUUCUACCAUCUAUGAGAACCUGUGGAUGUCGUGCGCAACGGACUCCACAGGAGUACACAAUUGCCGUGAUUUUCCCUCGUUGCUCGCUCUUUCUGGUUACAUCCAGGCGUCUCGUGCGCUCAUGAUCGCAGCCAUCGUGAUGGGGUUUUUCGGAAUCAUAGCAACCCUGGUGGGCAUGCAGUGUUCCAAAGUGGGAGGAGAGAACUAUGUGCUCAAAGGACGAGUCGCUGGAAUAGGAGGAGUAUUCUUCCUAUUGGAAGGUCUGUGUACAAUGAUUUCCGUCUCCUGGUAUGCUUUCAACAUCACUCAAGAAUUCUUUGAUCCGCUGUAUCCGGGAACUAAGUAUGAAAUUGGCGAGGGUCUCUACAUUGGCUGGUGCUCGGCCACUCUGGCUCUGUGUGGUGGUGCCUGCCUCCUGUGCUCCUGCAAGUUUGAGUCUACAGAGGAGAAAAUGCCUUAUCACUACCAGCCCCCCACCCAGGUCACAGCCUACUCCGGCCCAGUGAUGUCUCAGGGCCCCCCCAGCCACUAUAACCGAAACGCCUACGUGUGAAAAACAUCAGCACUUUUGUGACGUCAGCCGCCAUGGCAACGCGAGAUGGUAGCUAAGCAAACAGCGGAUGAACGCCAAAGUCGUCACACAAACUUUGUUGGCCACCAUCACCGUGACCUGUCACAGAAGCCCAUCUCAGUUUUGUUGACAUUAUUUUUGUAAAUAAUAAAACCCAUGCUGGCAGGGGAGGGCAGCUGUGCAAGAGUUGACAUUGAGUUGUCUUAAAUGUCUUUGAUGUUGUUACAUUAUUUUUUUGUUGACAGUGGGAUAGGCGCAAUAACUGCUUUUUUUUAAAAGAAAAAAUUAAAUGACUUGGACUUUCAUUCCUCAACCUUUCUGGAAAAAAUAUAUUUUUGAGGAGCAAAAUCACAUAAAACUGUAGCCAUUUGAGCUAAGAGUAUACUUUUAUAUUAGAGUUUUGUCACAUUUCAGUGUAUAUUGACCGUUUUGGCUGUAGAAUGUAUUUUAGUGAUGUGUCUGUUAAGUCUUUUCUAAUAUAAUGACUGUUCAGGAAACACAGUACAUGACUACUGUUUACUUUUAUUAUUCGUUGGAGCGAACUUCGUGUUUCUUCAAGUACUUCUUCAGGUCUUUUCUAAUAUAACUUGAUUAUCACCGAUUAUCACCUAUUAUCUGCCACCCAUUAAUAAAUAAAUGUUUUACAAAUAAAUCGUUUUUGG